AUGGAGUUUAACUUUGGACCACUCAUGGAACAAGUGAAAUUCAAAAUUGAAGGAUCCUUGACGUUUAAUCCAAACUUGGUUUCUACCAAUUCAAACACACUCGAAAUUAGCAUGAGAUUGACAAGUCCCCAAGCUAUAACAAUCACACAACAAUCCUUCCCAGUGUUGCAAAGAUUUAAUAUUGAUGUAUUAGACACUGAUCAUACCUUUUCUUUAACCAUGGAUGCAAAACCAUAUAGCUUUAUGCCACAAUGUCAAUCAUGUUCCCUCGAUCCAGAUUUCGCACCAUUACUAAUCGACAAGAGCAAUGAUAGUGGAUGCAGCAAAUCCAAUACAUGGAGAAUCAUUGUUGGUGUUGUUGUUGGAGUAUUCGGUGCUGUUGCAAUUGUAGUGGCAUCGAUUAUCCAAAGAGUUACGAAACGAUUCAAUAAGAAUAUGCAACAAAAACUCGCUCGAAUGAGUUAA